AUGGCCGGAGGACCUGUCGCCGCCGGCGGAGGUAUCGGGGGCUCUGGUGCCCCAAAGAACAAGUUCGCAGGCAUUCUCAUGACUGCAUUCGCUGCCUUUGGUGGUAUUCUAUUCGGUUAUGAUACUGGUACAAUCUCUGGUAUCAAGCAGAUGAAGGAUUGGCUGCGCACAUUUGGGUACGACAAGGGCGAUGGAAGCUAUGGAAUUACCACUUCGAACGAAUCGCUCGUGGUUUCUAUUCUUUCUGCAGGCACCUUCUUUGGCGCGCUCCUUGCUGCGCCAAUGGGUGACAUUCUUGGUCGCAAAUGGGGUCUCAUCGCGGCUUGUUUGGUAUUCUGUGUUGGUGUUGCUCUGCAAACCGGUACCUUGAGUUUUGCGGUAUUCGUCGUCGGUCGUGUCUUCGCCGGUCUCGGCGUCGGGAUGGUCUCGUGCCUUGUCCCCAUGUACCAAUCCGAGUGCUCACCAAAAUGGAUUCGUGGUGCCGUUGUGUCCUGCUACCAGUGGGCCAUUACUAUUGGUCUUUUGUUGGCCGCGAUUGUCAACAACGCUACUCAACACCGCGACGAUCACUCGGCAUGGCGUGUUCCUAUUGCCAUCCAAUUUGUCUGGGCUGCAAUUCUCGCUGGGGGAAUGUUCCUUCUCCCCGAGUCACCUCGCUACCUCAUCAAGCGUGGCCGUGAUCAAGAUGCCCAGCGUGCUCUUGCCAGGCUCCUUUCACUUCAUCCCGAGGACCCCGAGGUCGAGACCGAGCUGAACGAUAUUCGUGCCAACUUGCGUGCCGAGGAGGAACUCGGCUCCGGCUCUUACUUGGAUUGCUUCAAACAAGGCCCCAACAAGAUUUUGACCCGCGUUAUGACCGGCAUUUUCCUCCAGGCUUGGCAACAACUCACUGGUAUCAACUUCAUCUUCUACUAUGGUACUACAUUCUUCCAGAACUCGGGCAUUAAAGAUCCUUUCCUGAUCACCAUUGCCACCAACGUCGUCAACGUCGGCAUGACUGUCCCUGGUAUCUGGGCUGUCGACAGGGUCGGACGUCGCCGCUUGCUCCUCAUCGGCGCUGCUGGCAUGCUCAUCUGCGAGUACCUCGUCGCUAUUAUUGGUGUCACGAUCUCUGUCGAGAACCAGGCUGGUCAGAAGGUCCUCAUUGCGUUCGUCUGCAUCUACAUUGCCUUCUUCGCCGCCACAUGGGGUCCUAUUGCAUGGGUCGUCACCGGCGAGAUCUUCCCUCUUGCGAUCCGUGCCAAGGCCAUGUCGAUGUCGACUGCGUCGAACUGGCUGUGGAACUUCGGUAUCGGCUAUGCGACUCCAUACCUUGUGAACGACGGACCUGGGAAUGCGAACCUGGGAGUGAAGGUGUUCUUCAUCUGGGGCUCUACCUGCGUUGGGUGCCUGCUGUUCACGUACUUCCUUAUCCCUGAGACGAAGGGACUGUCGCUGGAGCAGAUUGAUAUUCUGUACCAGAACACGAACGCGAUCCACUCUGUUGCGUACCGGCGCCAGCUGAUUGCGGAGGACGUGCAUGCUGCGGACCCGGAGGCGAUUGCGCGUGUGACGUCGAAGUGGACCAGGAGCACGGGCUGCAUGGCCUGA